ACAUUAGCAGAAUGUCCAAAAUUUUAUUUAAAAUUAACGGAACCCAAUAUGAAGUGGACGGCAACUACGGUCCGGACUUCACCUUGAACGAAUUCAUAAGAACGGUAACGGGACUACACGGCACCAAGGCAAUGUGUCACGAGGGCGGCUGCGGCGCAUGUGUAGUCGCCGUACAAGCUCCGGCGCAGCCUAACAAUGAAAUGAAGAUAUUUUCAGUAAAUUCUUGUCUAGUUUCCAUUUUGUCAUGUCAUAGUUGGGAAGUAACAACUGUAGAAGGCAUUGGAAACAGAACAAUUGGCUAUCACGACAUUCAAACUCGUCUCGCUAAAUUUAACGGCACUCAGUGUGGAUAUUGCACACCAGGUUGGGUCAUGAAUAUGUACAGUUUGUACAAAUCUAAAAAUGGUUAUCUGAGUGCAGCUGAAAUAGAGAACUCUUUCGCAAGCAAUAUCUGUAGAUGUACUGGAUACAGAUCAAUAGCAGAUGCUUUUAAGACAUUUGCUAGAGAUGCUGAAGAAGAUAUUCUUAGAAAACUAAUUGACAUAGAAGAUAUUUGUAAAUUUAAAGCAUGUGGUGUCAAAUGUACAAAAAUAUGUUCCUACAGAAAUUCACAGAAGUCAAAUCCAGUCAAAAUACAGUUUGAUGAAGAUACCAAGAAAGACUCUUGGUGCAUUCUUGGUAAUAUGCAAAACGAACCAUUAAUGGUGAAAAACGACACAUUCAGAUGGUUUAAAGUUUAUAAACUGUCUGAUUUGUUCAAAGUUAUAGAACAAAACGAUGACUACAAAAUAGUAGCCGGUAAUACUGGUCAAGGAGUAUAUCAUGUUAAAAAAUAUCCGACGCACAUUAUCGAUAUCUCUGAUGUUAUCGAACUUAAAGCGUUCUUACUUGAUGUUAAUUUGAUAUUGGGUGCUGGAAUGACAUUGUCUGACAUGAUGGAACUGUUUCUCAAAAUGUCUUCAGAGAACGAAAAUUUCUCAUAUUUAAAAGAAUUCUACACUCACAUGGAUUUAGUAGCCCACAUACCUGUAAAAAACAUUGGUACAAUUGGCGGAAAUUUAUUUUUGAAACAUUCAAAUCCUGACUUUUCGUCUGAUUUAUUCCUACUAUUUGAGACCGUUGGAGCCAUGAUAACAAUUGGAAAUAAUAUUGACAAUAGAAGAACGCUCACUCUUCAGGAUUUUUUAAAAACUGAUAUGAAAAGAGAAAUUAUAAUAAAUGUGCUGCUGCCGCCAUUACCCAAUAACUGCUUCGUUAGAACUUUUAAGAUUAUGCCUAGGUCUCAAAAUGCACAUGCCAUCGUCAAUGCCGGAUUUCUUUUCAACUUAGACCAAAACACGGGAACUAUUAAGGAAACAAGUAUUGUAUAUGGUGGUAUAGCUCCAGACUUUGUACAUGCUCAGAGAACUGAAGCAAUAUUAAUAGGCAAUGAUAUCUUUACUGACGAAAUAUUACAACGAGCCUUAACCACUUUAUCUGAAGAAUUAAUCCCUGUUGAAGCACCACCAGAACCUUCAGCUGCGUUUAGGAAAAUGUUAGCAAUCGCCCUAUUUUACAAGGCCGUGUUAAACUUAUGUCCCGAAAAUAAAAUAAAUCCAACUUUCAAGUCGGGGGGUGAAACAUUAAAAAGAAUUUCGUCGAAAGGCAGUCAAGUUUUUGAUACAGACAAAAGUUUAUGGCCUUUGAAUCAACCAAUUCCUAAAUUAGAAGCUUUAAGUCAGUGUAGUGGUGAAGCGGCUUUUGCUAAUGACUUUCCAAAGCAAGUUGGUGAGGUGUUUGCAGCGUUUGUUACAGCUGAUGUAAAUCCAGGCAGUGUUAUAAAUAAUUUUGAUACGACAGAAGCUUUUAAAAUUCCGGGAGUAAUUGCUUUCUACACUGCCAAAGAUAUACCUGGUGUGAAUUCGUUUACACCUUUCUACACACCUCUAUUAAUUGAAGACGAAGAAAUUCUAUGCUCGAAAGUAGUAAGGUUUUAUGGUCAGCCAGUUGGUAUUAUUGUUGCGGAUAGAGAAAAGACAGCAAAUAAAGCAGCAGAGCUUGUCAAAGUGAAUUACACAGUAAAUCAAAACAAACCAUUACUUACAAUUGAUGAUGUUUUAAAAUCUGAUGAGAAGGAUAAAAGAAUUGUAACAGAUAAAGUUGUUGAGCCUACGGACAAAGGAGAUGAUGUUAAAGCUGUGUUGUAUGGAGAAUUUAAUUACCGAUCACAAUAUCACUAUUACAUGGAGCCACAAACUUGCGUAGUAACACCUACAGAAGACGGCCUUGAAGUAUAUGCCGCAACACAGUGGCUUGACGUAACAGGUAUAUCAGUGGCUCAAUGUUUAAAUGUCCCAGUUAAUAGUGUAAAUGUGAUUGUACGUCGCGUCGGAGGAUCGUAUGGAGGUAAAAUAACCAGGUCAGGACAAAUAGCUUGCGGAGCGGCCUUGGUAUCACAUUUGCUUGGAAAAACUUGCCGACUUAUCAUGUCACUGAAAACUAACAUGAAAAUUAUCGGAAAGAGAACACCAACGUAUGCCAAAUACGAAGUUGGGAUUAAUAAUGAAGGAGAAAUUCAAUAUUUGCGAAACGUUUUUUAUCAAAACAAUGGCGCCUCGUGGAACGAAAAAAUGACCUAUAUAGUUUUUAAACAUUUCUAUAAUUGUUAUGAUUAUAAAAGGUGGUAUGUAGAAGCUAAUAGUUUUAUAUCUGACUUACCUUCAAAUACGUGGUGCAGGGCGCCUGGUUCGUCAGAAGGAAUAGCUAUGAUCGAAGAGAUAAUGGAACGUAUUUCUCAUCAAACUGGUAAAGAUCCGAUUCAGACAAGAUUAAUAAAUAUGACCAAAGAAAACAAUCCUAUACCAGAAUUAAUUGAACAAAUUAAACAGGAUUCAGAUUAUGAAAAUAGGCUAAAUGAAAUUGCUAAUUUCAAUAAAAGCAAUCGCUGGAGGAAACGAGCAAUAAAAUUGAUGCCGAUGACAUAUGAGAUAUUUUAUGUAGGUCCUUAUAGUGCAUCAGUUUCAGUGUGUCAUGCUGAUGGUUCUGUUAUUAUAUUUCAUGGUGGAAUAGAAAUGGGCCAAGGUAUCAAUACAAAAGUCGCACAGGUUUGUGCUUACACUUUAAAGAUACCACUUGAAAAAGUUAGUGUAAAAACUAGCAGUACUUUUACAUCACCAAAUAGCAUGGCUACAGCAGGCAGCAUUGGGAGUGAAUGUGUCGCAUUCGCAGUUAUAAAGGCUUGUGAAACUAUACUAGAAAGAUUGAAGCCCUUUAAAGAAAAAAAUGAAAAUGCUACAUGGAAUGAAAUUGUAAAGGAAGCAUUUCUUGCUGGUGUUCAUUUACAAGCUUCUUAUAUGUAUGACACAUCAGAUACAUCAUUGAAAACCUAUGCGAUCUAUGGAGUUGUUGUAUUGGAAGUAGAGCUUGAUGUUUUAACUGGUAAUCAUGACAUCCGUCGAGUUGACUUACUUGAAGAUACAGGUAGAAGCCUGAGUCCAGAAAUUGAUAUAGGACAGAUCGAAGGUGCUUUUGUUAUGGGACUUGGGUACUGGACAUCAGAGAACAUAAUAUAUGAUCCAACAAACGGUAACAUAUUAACGGAUCGCACUUGGACGUACAAACCUCCGGGAUUAAAAGAUAUUCCUGCAGAUUUCAGAAUCUACUUUCAAAGGAAUUCGAGAAAUGAAGUUGGUGUUCUUCAGUCGAAAGCGACUGGUGAACCUGCACUUUGUUUGGCAGCAGUCAUCACUCACGCACUACGAGAAACCAUUCGCUUGUGCCGAUUGGACGCAGGAUAUGAUGAUCAUUGGGUGGAAUUAGGACAUCCGUGCUCAGUUGAAAAUAUUUUUAUGGCUAUGGGUCACAAGCUGGAACAUUUUAAACUGACGUAUUUAAACUGCAAUACGAUGCAGUUUCCAACGCAUAUAAAAAUCGCGGCAGGAUCGCUCGGAACAGCAGUAUUUGGUGUACUUUUUGGAUGGGUCAUUUUUCCUACCGUGUUAAAGAGUCAAUUAAAAAAGCAAAUGACAUUGUCGCCUAAAACAGAUGUUCGUCAGAUGUGGCAAAAGAUACCGUUUCCUUUGGAUUUUAAGAUAUAUCUUUUUAAUUAUACAAAUGCUGAGGAAGUACAAAAAGGGGCGAUACCAAUCGUAAAAGAAGUUGGACCGUAUUAUUUUGAAGAAUGGAAGGAAAAAGUCGAGGUAGAAGAUCACGAUGACUCUGACACAAUAACGUACAAGAAAUUGGACACUUUCUACUUCAAGAAAGAACUAUGCGGACCGGGUCUGACGGGAGAAGAGCUCAUUGUUUUGCCACACCCAUUUAUGAUGGGCACGAUAGGAGUAGUAAUCCGCGAUAAGCCAGCGAUGCUCAACAUGAUCGGAAAAGCUUUUAAUGGCAUUUUCGAAAAUCCACCCGACAUUUUCGUUCGCGCAAAAGCUUUGGAUAUAUUGUUUAGAGGCAUCGUCAUUAAUUGCGCUAGAACGGAGUUUGCUCCUAAAGCUCUUUGCGCCGCACUAAAGAAAGAAGCAGCUAAUAGUCUUAUUUUUGGGCCAAAUAAUCAAUAUGUCUUCUCUUUAUUUGGCAUGCGUAACGGUACCACUGACAGUCAUGUUGUGACAGUCAUGAGAGGUAUGAACAACGUAAUGGACGUCGGCAAAGUUAUAGCAAUCGACGGCAAACCCAAGAUGGAAAUAUUCAGGGAUAAAUGUAACGAGUACGAGGGUACAGAUGGCACUGUUUUCCCUCCAUUUCUAACGCAGUCUGAUCGUCUUGAGUCGUUUUCUGGAGAUUUAUGCAGAUCAUUUAAACCAUGGUUCCAAAAAGAGUCAUCGUACACCGGAAUCAAGACCAAUCGGUACAUCGCUAACAUCGGAGAUUAUGCGAACGAUCCUGACCUUCAGUGCUAUUGUGACAGUCCGGACACUUGCCCGGCUAAGGGAAUGAUGGAUCUAAUUAAAUGUAUGGGAGCUCCGUUGUACGUUUCCCUACCACAUUUCUUAGACUGUGACCCUAAGAUUGGGGAAUCCGUGAAGGGACUGAACCCUGAUGUGAAUGAACAUGAGAUAUUAAUUGAUUUUGAACCGAUCACAGGUACACCUCUAGUUGCUAGACAACGUGUCCAGUUUAAUUUAAAGUUGGUGAAAACCGAAAAAAUAGAGCUGUGCAAAGAUUUACCUGAUACUAUUGUACCUUUAUUCUGGAUCGAGGAGGGUUUAGCGCUGAACAAAACAUUUACAAAUAUGCUGAAGCACCAACUGUUUAUACCAAAACGCGUGGUGGGUGUGCUGCGAUGGUUGCUGGUCUCAUUCGGGUUACUCACUGCAAUGGCUUGUAUACUAUUUCAUUAUAAAGAUAACAUCAUGCGCUUCGCUGUGUCAAAUGGUUCCGACUCAGCAGCUAAAAUCAGACCAGAGGAAACGGAACAGAGAGAUAUAAGCGUCAUUGGAGAAGCUCGGGAACCUCCCAAAGUUGAAAUGUAAUCUUUAAUACGUUAUAAGGUCCGACACACACUAGUUUUAAAAGAGACCGAACAGUGAGGUAGUGCUGUAGACAGUACAAUACUGCUUAAUUUCCAAAUAUAUAUGCUAUAUCUGCUGUGCUGCCUUCGUGUGAAACAAUACGUACUCGGUGAAGUGUGUGCACGGCCUAAUAAUCCUUAGUUUUCUUAGAACCCACAGAAUUGAAGGCUUAUAGUAGAUGUCAAAUAUCUUGGCAGCUCCAAACAUCAGUCAUAUCUACGUGCCGCUGCGCAGAACAAAAUGUUAGAUUGAAUAAGAGAACGUUGUGCUGCUAAG